AUGUAUCAGAGUGCCACCACUGAACCACCUACGGUCUCUGUGGAAACACAACCACUUCCCUCGUUCACUUGUAGUAGCAACUGUGACAAAUGCCUUGGCCCAGCGGAAAACGAGUGCACCAAAUGCAACGAAGGGUUCAGCCUGUCUUUGGUUGACGGAACAAACCAGGGAAUGUGCGGCCAAACUCCGUUUGCUGGCGUGGGAGGCGUCCCCGGCUUUGUCGCAAUUGUUGUAGCCGCUGCUGUAGCCAUCCUGGUGACGUGUUUUGUCUGCUGGUGCUGUCGUCGUAUGAGGCGUUUAAGACGUGAUAAUGAACGUGAACGUGAAGUUCUUCAAGCAGAGACAUCAUCAGUUGUGCAAUCACCCCCAGAAAAAGAAGAGAAACUUCAAAGCAUCCCACCCACUCCGGCAACACACCUAAAGAGGAUCCUUCAGGAACACGACAACUUCGCCAAAGACUGCAGCGAAGACACACUGAAGGAUAACACCUUUCAGUUGCCGUACAUUGCAAUCGGUUACUUCGACCAUGAUGGUGGAAGCCUGUCCUUGGGCAAGUACAAUGUCCACCUGUACAUCCCUCGUGGCGCACUUCCCAAAAAAUCACUACAGCAGGUUUACAUCUACGUCAACCCGAAUGCGCCACCUGUUGACGGGAUCGAUCCGUCAAAUUGUGUCUUGUCACCGAUGAUCCAGUGUGGCCCAACAGGUCUGGAGUUUCUGGACAGCGUGGUGCUGUCCUUCCCUCACUUUGCAAAGGAGGGAAGCGGAUGGGAGCUGCGUGCACAGUUGUGCAAUGGCGAAGAAGGCUCACUCAAAACCUGGAAGACGCUUGAUGCAGGUGUUGACGGCGUCGUGGUGUCGACUAAAGGCAAGACCGUCGUUCUCUUGAUGAAACACUUCACAGGGGCAGCUCUAGUUGGCAAACCUUCCGCAACGAGCACCAAGAUAAUGCAGGCUGGAGUGUUUGGGAGCCCCUUUGAUCAGUCUGAGGAUCUUUAUAGUUUCCGGUUUCAUCUCUGGAACAAUGAGCCAGUUGUCGAACAGAAAGUUGUGGAGAUGGAAGAGAAAAUGGGCUCCCAGCCAUUGGACACUUACAGAUCACUGAUAGUCUGCAGGUCAGGAGACGUGCACGCUGAAAUCGAGAACAUCAAGGAGGGUUGGGAACUGGCAUGUCCUGCAUUACAGAAACAAACCAUAUCAGUCAAAAGAAUCUGGGAGCUACCCACGGACUCUUUCACCUUUCUAGUCGAGCGCCACGAUUGCCAAAUGAACAAAGCACCCCGUUGCGACGGUUUCAUUUGCCAGAUUAGUUCCGACACAGAAGAGGUUUCAAAUGGAGACAGGGUUGACUUCCACUUUAUACCACCGAGGGGAUCGAUACCAGUGACCGAAAAUCAGAGUCCGUGCUACAGGUGCCGAAAUGAUGAAGCCCGCUCAAUCUGCCCAUCCUGUAAGGAGGCGAUGAAAUGUGUUCAAGUCCUCAAGAAUCGAGACCUGUCGGAUGGUGAUUAUGGAGGCUUAUCAGAGGUGAUGGUACACAUUUUCUGUAAAAAAGGAGACACGGCCAGAGUUGUGGCGGAGCUAGCAGAUGUCGACCACAGCUCGAUGGAAGCACAGGAUUCCUUAAAGGUCUUCUUUGGCGGUCAAAGGGCGCGUGGCGUCCGAGACAGGACGGCUGUGAAGCGUCUGCUGGACUCUUUUGAUGAGCCCACUGUGAAGAAUGUUAGGAAGAAGCUGCGAGGGACAGAAAACUCGCCAGAUGAUGGUUCCACAUCAAUGGGAAAGCCUGAAGAUAGGUCUCGGCUUGCCUCGGACAUUGCCAUCGAGAAGCACUUCCGUCGGCUUGCCGAGAAAUUGGGACCGAAAUGGGAGACACUGGCAACAGAGUUAGGCUGCUCUAGUGUAAAGCUGUUCAAGAUUAAAGAAGACAACCCAUGUAACGUGGAUAAUCAGAUAUUUGCGAUGCUUGUCGAGUGGAAGAAACGGUGUGGGUGGUUUGAUGAAAGCAUCUUAGCCGAGGCCUUGGAGAAGGCUGGAAGACUUGAUCUGGCACAGCAGUUCCGAGAGAUGACGUUGAAAGAAGAUGAACACGUCUUGUAA